GAGGAAAGAGAAACUAAUUCCUAUUGGCUAUCGCGAACCGCCGUUGGAACGUUGACCAAUGAGAAGCAAUGUUGUUCACGCGGCGAAAUAACUCUUCGGCCGCGGUGGGGGGAGCAGCCUAUUGUGACAGUUGUGUGGCAGCUGACAGUCCAGUGGAAAAUAUCGCGUGUGUCAGGUGCAUGUUAUCGUUUAGGUCGAAAGAUUGCCGUUUAAUCGAAAAUGUCUUCGCCUGCACAAGUGUUAAAAAGUGUCGGCCCAAAGCUAGUCCCGUUCUUUAAAAGCGUGUCUGUAUAUUUUAUAUUACUGGCCGAGCAGCCGUCCCUGCUGACGGCAUGUUUCAAGUGUUUGCCAAUUAUAAGUCUUAUCGUCUUUGUUCUGCUACAUGGAAUUAGUUUAUCGCAGGAAUACACAUUUUCCAGGCGAAUAUUGACAGGGUUGAUAUUCAGUUGCAUAGGAGAUGCGUUAUUGGUUUGGCCCAGUUGUUUCACCCCAGGAAUGUGCAUGUUCGCACUGGCUCAGAUCAUGUACAUCAGCGCGUUCGGUUUUAUACCGCUUAACAUAGCGCUAGGUACAAUUUUAUACGCGAUGUGUUCACUAGUCAUAUACGCUUUAAUGCCUGGUCUGAAUGGAAUUCUGGUGAUCGGAGUACCGGUUUACACGGUGUUACUAACCACCAUGGCGUGGAGGGCAAUCUCCAGAGUACAAUUUUACAAAGAGUUAUGGACGUGGACUAAAUUAUGCAGCUGCAUCGGCAGUAUAUGUUUCCUCAUAUCUGACACGCUACUCGGAUUUCACUAUUUUCAUACUCCACUACCGUAUUCUCAGGUUUCUAUAAUGUUAACGUAUUAUGCGGCUCAAUUGGGGAUAGCUUUGAGCGCGGUUGGUUCUAAAAAUAGUAACAAUAAUAAUAACAAUAUUAGCAACGACAAAGACGACGCAGCCUUGAUCAAAGGUUAAAAAGGAGUUUCAUCUUCUGGUUGUAGGCGAAGUGAAUAUUACGUUAUACUGCUCGAAAUAAUCCACGAGUUACACGAACGAGAAAAUAGCCUAGUAUCGUUAUUGAAAUUCAGUUUCUCAGUAGCGUUUGAACUGAGGCUGUCCAGAUAUAGAUAAUACAAAUCUAGCUAUUUUGAGCAGUAUAUUACAACUAGAGAUACCUACACAUAGAUUGGUUUUAGCGUAAUCGUUGUUUUGAAAUAGGUAUAAUGCACCUCGUUAAAGGAUUUAUGGGUAAUGUCGUAAAUCUAACAGUCCUGAACACUGCCACUUUCCUAAGGCAAGAAUUUUUACCUGACUAUGAUUCAUUGUAGUCGACAUUUAUUGCAUUUAACAAUUGUUAACUAUCGGGUCGUUAUUCAUUCCGUUUCUUUUCGACGUGAGGGAGGAGAUACGCAUUAUAUACAUACUUUGAGAAACGCUGUAAAUCUUUUAUGUGUAACCGCAUAAUAUUACUCGGCGGACGGUUAGAAUGAUAUUUGCAACUGCAAGAAUUUUUUUACUUCAAUCGUACUACUGUAAUGCUCAAUCUGUAACGUUUAUUCAUAACUGUUCACGCUCGUCUGUUAUGUCGUUACGGGCGUUGAAUAUUAAUAGAGACAAAAGAUUUCAGUAUUUCUAACUAUAAUUAACUAUCAACCCGAAACCUCGGGUUCCUUGUAGUAUUCUCAGAAACGUUGAACAUGCAGUUUGUGUGUCGUCUCGUGAUACACGUUGUAAAUCAAAAACGCAUUUCUUUGUACAGUAGCGGGUAAACGUGUUAAAUAUCACGUGAACAUGUUAGUUAAAAUGUGUAGAUAGCACGAUUUACUUGUUAAAAAGGAAACUGAAAAUUUUAGACGUUUUGCUACUGUUGUUUGUCUCGUUUUGCAUGAUAUUGCAAACGAACCGAGACAAAGAAAGAGAGAAGGAAAGAAUUGUUUAAGAAUUUAAACAAUUUUUUGACAAGUAUUUUACUAUUGUUUUACUAUUGCAUUUAUCAAGAUUAUCAUAAACAUUAGACAAUAGUAUAGCAUUUAUCCCAAUUACGAUAGGCACCAAGUGGAACAUCCAACUCAAACGACUAAAAUAUUAUUUUUCCAAUGAAACUAUCUUUUAUAUAUAUAUCAAUGGGACGAAGGAGAAGUACGAUUUCCCCUUUUCGGAGUACGCAAUAAUCGACUAGUACACGUUCACACGUAGAUCUCGAUGACAUAUCACUUAAUAUUAAUGAUUAAAGUAAUCAUGUUCGAAUUGUAAAAAAAAAAAAAAAAAACGAAAGAACCUGAAUUCUUUAGUAUGUACAAUUAGAGCUGGAUAAAAAUGAAUUUGAUGGCGAAAGAAAAACAGAUUCAUUUCAAAUAAAGACGUUGAAGUGCGAAUAUGCUUUUUUGUUAAGAAGAGAAACACUUGUUACUUCACAGUUACAACUUCAUUGGAUUCAGCUCUUUCGACACAUAUUGUAAAAAGAUAUAUUUAAUGUAUUUUAAUACAAGAACAUGUACAAGCGUAGCAUAAUACCGUUUCGUGGAAUACAUUUAGACGUGUGUAUUUCAGAAAAGAAAUUUUCGUAGAAAUGUGAUAUUUAAUAUUUUAGAGCGCAUACUUCUAUUUUCUUCAAAUUAAUUGAUUGUUGGUCUUUGUGAAACUGACGUUAAAGAAUGUUACUCAAUGAAGGUUUACACUUUGUAACUCUAUUUUAACUACAUGCAACUGUUUCAAUUUGAUUCGUAGAUUGCUAAGUGGAAAUGUGCAAAUUUAAAUUGUAUUUUUUACGUGAUUAAAGUUUUGUUAAUU